AUGGAGAACGAUAUACCUACCAUUCAGGCCCCUGAUGGGCGCUCUUCAAGAAGAGACCGCCUUAUGGGCAAACUGUUUGGUGCCAAAGACCGCAAAGGAGAUGAAGCCCGGUCCGCUGCCAAUGUCGAAUCGUUCCUUCACAGCUCCUCAGAUAAUCUUACAAUCAUAAACCCUCCCCCGCCUCCCCCGCCGUCGUCGCUACCAAAGCUAGCCAAGCUCGACACCACAUCGAUCUCUCGCUACCCUCAAGCUUUAGCUGUCAACCAUGCGGCUCAAUCAAACCGUCCUCUUGUCGCAGGACGUGCUGAUACCGCCACCAGGUCGCCGAGACGAAGCCCACGACCCAACAAGAAAGGUCUCGUGGUGAGAUUCGACGACACCCCUCCCGAUGUUAUCGGCGAAGGAGGUGACGAAUCCGAAUUGCCAACUCAAGAGAUAUCGAAGCGCAAAGCAUCUCGGCCCAAACAACCACCGCAGCAACCGCAACCACCUCAGCAACCACCUCAACAACCAUUUCAACAACCACCUCAACAACCACAGCCUCCAGCACAACGCAGAAUUCCAAUGCCACCGGGACGUCCUCCUCCUUCUGAUUCAGCUGGCCCAGGUUCCCCUAUAGACGAGUUUCGACCAAAGCCUUUGUCGCGAACACAAACCGGUUUCUCAUCGAUAUAUACACCUGGAUCCGACGAUGAGUCUGAGGCAGACCCAGAUCGUAAUGCAAGAUCAUAUGAUCUCCUCUCACCUGCAUCUGCUCAACAGCAUUCCCUGAGCCCGCUACGAUCACCAGGCGCAAGGUUUCUGGGUGCAGCUGGAAAACAAGAUGAGAAUAGAAGGUCAUAUAUUGAGAUUCAUUCUGCGCAACAAAGAGAGGCAGAGGGCAGAGUGUUUGCUGAAGCCGCUCGAGUUGCCAGUGCCACUUCUGCAUCCUCUCACAAUUGGGAUGAUCCUCACUCCGCCACACCUCUCUCAACUUCUCCAGUUGAAUCACGACGACGAGGACCCCCUUCACCCGAAGCCCAAGUCUCGAAACCAAGUCAUGAGUAUAGCCCUGCAGCUUCUGUCCAUUCCAACUCCUCAUCAUAUUCUCCGCCUGCGCCACCUGCCGCUGUUCCAGCUUCUGUUCCUGGGCUAUCUCCAGCUCCGGUUUCGUCUGAGUCUCCUGCUAUGGAUGCAGCUCCUGUUCCCAUUUCAGCAGUUUCUUCCGCUUCUUCAGAAGUCAGCUACUUGGCAAGGAAACCAAGCAUUGCGCCACAGCGUGCUCCUCCUCUGAUGGCAUCCCGAGCACUGUCCGUUAGAGUCGCUGAUGGUACCUCGGCAGCUGCCGAGCAAGCUCUCGAGAUCUUUACCGAUAGGACAAGCCACCUUUUCGAACUAUUCCGUCUCCAUGCUGAAUCUAUCAAGCCUUUAUCAGCCUGCUCACUGAUUGAAUGCGGCCGAGGAGCCCUAUGGUGGUUCCUAAAGGGCCGCAUGGGCCUGGAGGUUGCUAUCAGGGAAAGACCCAAUUCUCCUCAGGGCCAGAUGCAGAAUGAUAGAGAUCGCCAACAAGCUUAUGCCAAUCUAGCUAAAGCGUUCUGGCUCUCCGAACAAGUCAUUCCUGAGAUUGCCCAAUCACAAGGAAUAGAUAUUGAUGCUGAAGUCGACGACGUUAGCACGAGUCUGGUCUCAGCGCUUAAGAAGCUGGCCAUGUCCAUGAAACGAAACGGCUUCUUGCCCCCUGAAGAUGCAUUUCUACCACAGAGCAUCGAUAAGUCGAUAUGGGUGGAAUAUCCGGCAUUGAGCCAGGAUGUGAUUGCUCUCCUUUCAGGAAACUGGGCCUCGGGUCUCACAGCAAUGACAAGCCCUAUGUCCAAGCUUAGGCUCUUGGAUUCUCUGCCUGUGGGCGACACCACGGAGAACUUCAACUAUGGAAGAGUGCCAGCCGAUGCCUAUCUUAUGGAACAGGGACACGAAGAUCAGAAACUCUACUUUCCAUGCUUACUCUCAAUGCUUCGCCCGCAGAAGUCUACCGGUCUUGUCUUUAUUCUAGCCAGCCAGAACGGCCAUGUGCAGCUUGCCAUACAAGAAAAUAAGAACGUUGGUCCAGUUUGGGAUGAUGUGCGGUGGCGGAAAGAAGCAUGCACGGUCGAUAUUCGACUACGACGUGGAUUCAUGUUAACCAUUCAGCUUGUUCAGCAGGAUUUCAGGACACUAUGGAAUAUGUAUGAUUUCGGAAGUAAGGUCAACAACUCUCUUUAUCCACGAAACGAUGAGAGUAUGGUAUUCAGGUCUACUUUGCGAUCAUUCCAGGUCAUGGAUGCAGACCCCAACUAUCGCCAAUUCCCGAAGGAGCCUACGCCUUAUUGCGAGAUUUCACUUUUCGAGAAGCUUUACAAGGAGAACGGUCCUGCAGCCACUCGUACGUGGCAUCUUGGUUUCCGAAUUGCGGUCGUGACUGGACCAAAGACGAGGACACUGAGUGGCGUUCAACAUGUCUAUUCUCCAGCUCAGCCUGUUCAGUUCGGUUUCUUCCGCGGUGAUGGUGACGCGCCCUCACUGGCUAUCAAGUAUGAGAAUGGCAAAUCAAAGGGCCGAAUGGUCAUGGUCUUCAGCGAUGACAAAGCACGGAUCAAGUUCCACUCGAUUCUUACCGGAACAGCUCUGGAUCACGACGAAAAGAUAUUUGCAGACGUGCCCCUCAAGAACUUCUCAGUGGCUCAGAGUCUCCGUGAGCCUUUGGGUAUGGCUCCUUUCAGCCGUAUGCCUUGGAAGGCUGUAAGGGUCGUCAACGAUGAGUACGGGGGAGACAUGCCGCCGACUGUAUUGGCCGACCACCUCAAGAUAGUCAUAGACUAUCAGAAUGGCAAUGUCGCCGAUCGCAUCAACGUGGCACCAGGAGAGUUGCGUGUAAGACUGGAAGUGAGCAACGCUAAAGUCUUUCGAGUUCUUCGGCAACCACAAAAGGAUAUGACAAUUUCGGUCUCGGAGGCGCAAGUACCUAAGGAGCUCCCGAGGAACAUGUCUGAUGCACUGCAGCUGCUGAGACACAACCAGACAAUUCGAACUUUUGAAUUCAAUAACUUGAAAGAUCUGCACGACUUCCAAUAUGCCAUGACAGGUUUCGAGGUCAUAUUUGACGCGCUGGCGGUCACCUUUGCCAUCCAGCGACGCCGCAUGGUUGUACCAAUUCACAAGAAAUGGGAAGCAGGAUAUACACGAAUCCAGGUGAUAAGGCAGGAAGACAGGCAGUUGCAGCUGUUAGCUUUCUUUGAGGACUUCCAUCAUGGGCACUGUAUGAAUUUCUUGUUGAAGGGAACGGAUGUUUACGAGAGUGUGCAAAGAAGCAGCAAGUCUGGUAUCAAGUUUGUUGAUGCCAAGUUCCCUCUACCACGACUGCCAGCGGACAAGGAUGGUGAUUAUGAUGAUAUGGCAUUUGUCUGCCUCGACCUUCCGGAUUUACCUGGAGAGCAUGACGAUAUCUCGAUAUUAUUUGAAAAUGAAUCAGACCGAGAUGCGCUGGCCCAAUGUUUGCCGGCGCCGAUCAAGGGCUCCUCGAAAAAGAAAUGA